GGUGGUACCCUGAAAAGGGCAGGUAGCCUGGAAAGGAUAAAAGGGAGAGGCUGCUGUUAUUGUUGCUGCUGCUUCUUUGCUAUUUCACUCCUUGCUGCUUCUGCCUACUGCUCACCACCAACUGGUUCUCCUCUGUGAUGUCCCUUUGCCAUGCUACCCAUCUUUGGAGCCAGCCAACUACAGACUGAAACCUCCACAAACUGGACAAGGUGCUUCUUGAAGGAUUGGAGUUUGUUGUUCAAAACGCAAUCAGAAAAGCCCCCCAGCCAAAUGGCUCUCGUUUUCGUGUAUGGCACCCUGAAACAAGGCCAACCCAACCAUGAGGUCCUGCUGAAUGCUGCACACGGCUCCGCGACCUUCCGGGGCCGGGGCCACACAGCUGAGCCCUACCCACUGGUGAUCGCUGGCGAGCACAACAUCCCCCGGCUGCUCCACCUCCCGGGCUGGGGCCACUGUGUGGCAGGUGAGAUCUACACAGUGGAUGAACAGAUGCUGCACUUCCUGGAUGACUUCGAGGGCUGCCCUAACAUGUACCAGCGCACUGCCGUGCAGGUGGCGGUGCUUGAAUGGAAGGGUGAGGACAGCCCUGGGGACAGCGUGCAAUGCUUCAUGUACAGCACGGCCACCUAUGCACCCGAGUGGGUCCACCUCCCCUACCAUGACAGCUACGACUCGGAGGGCCCACAUGGGCUGCGCUACAACCCCCGGGAGAACAGGUGAGAAGGGUUGGUGGCAGCAGCAAGGCCAGAGGGGACCUGCAGCUGCCUUGUCUCCUUGGCUCAGCCCAGAGACGCCAGUGCAAAAGCAGACAAGUGCCUCAGUUGUAAAACUCCCAUCUGGAAAGCAGAACUCUUUCCGUGAUGCUGAACCUACACUGCAGUUAGGUGGGGCCUCAUGCCUCACAUCCUCUCCGCCUCUGUAGUGAGGCCUGCAGCAUGGUGGGUUAGAGCUCUGGUGUCUGUGGGGUUGGGAGUAUUCGUUUAAAAAAACCUUCAAAUGCUAAUUUUGCCUAAAGGGCAUUGAGGGGACUCACAGAGUAUACUUCUCAUUCUUCUCUUUGCUUUGGUUUACUCUGAAUAUCGCAUACUCAAAGGCUAAGAACUGUGUCACAGUUGGUUUGCAGAUGACUGUACUCCUUCAAGCCUGCAGGAAAAGCCUAGGAAAAGUUUUAAUAGAAGCUGAUUUUUGAAUAGCUAAAUAUAAUUUUAAAAGCCUCAAGAAAACAUAUUGUACUUUUGAGACUGUAUGUAGCACAUUCUUCCUACCUUUUAGAACACACGGAAACUGUUCACGAUGCCCAUUUGAAAUUAAACUAGGUGCUUUGAGAGUAGCCCCCAUGUGUGGUGCUACAUGGGGUCCUCUUUUUGAUAUACUUUCCUAAUAGGAGGUUCUUUUCCUUCUAACUGAGCAGGUCGUGAAUACCCACUUGCUGGGAGACACAGCUGAGUACCCGGACUUCCUGGGGAUGCUGUUCUGAGUCUGAAUCCCAGCACCAGGCCAUCACUGCUCCAAAGCCGCAGCACUGGCAGGCAGGCCUUUCAGAGAAGAACCGGCACGUUAGUAAUUUGUUCUUCAGGACUGACAAAAAGCUUAGCUUCCACAUACAAACAGCACUUAAAAUAAUGCUAGCAAGGCACGAAGUACCAAUUACUACCCACCUCCAUCUGAUGAUCUGUCAGCGGAGAUUCAAGUCAGCACACGACUCUGCGUCUGCUCACCAGCAAAGGACAAAUGGAUUCCUAGAAUUUCAGGACCAAAUGAAGAUGCAGCUGCUGGUCCUUAGUAACCCUGUUCUCCAUUGGGAGAGCUCUCUUCUCUUCAACUUAAUGGUAGACUGUGAUCACUAACUACAUCUGGCACAAAAACACGAUUGUUAUUUUUAGCCUCUUCCUCUUAAUUGGAAACUUGUUUUGCAGAACACAGAAAGGCGAGGAUGGUUAUCACUGACAAGCUGGUGGCAGCUCUGUUCACUGUGGCUGCAGGUGAGGUGGCCCAUGGCGAUGAGUAAAGGACUGGGCAACAGCCUGUCCCCAGCUCAGUCAUUAGGCCCGAGAGUGACCUCCUGAGCGGUGCACAUCAAUCGUGACACGUGGGUGGAGCCACAACAGGGGAGCCUGCCCGCACUGGUCCUCAGUCUCCAGAGAAAGAAGGCAGUCAGCCCAUUACCAAACAGCGUGUGCUGAUUCCAUAGCACCAGAGACACAGAACUGGACUUACUUUUUUAAGGAUCAAAAUGAAAUGCUGUUAUUUAUCAUCAGCUGGGACAGCCUGUUGCCCAUGUGUAUACUGUCUUCAAGAAAAGGGAAAACUAAUAUUUAGACAAAUGCUUGGCUUUAUUGAUUUAAUUCUGACACCAGGAUAUCUCACAGCAGAAGUACACAUCAUCUGUACAAGGAUUUAUACCAGUAAAAAUUUCUGUUGGUGAUUUCUUGGCAAAUCAUUGGCUCUGACUUGUGUGGAAUAAGCAGGAGAGCCCAGGCCACUACAGAGUGAGUGCCCAGCUCCCUUAGGCUGGAGGUGGGGGAUAGGGGCGUACUGGAGCUUAUCAGGAGGCUAUGAAUGCAUCACUCCAAUGCCACCAGCAGAUCGCCUUCUCCAACUGUGUCUCCAGCUUUACAAUGCACCGAUUUCACCUUGAAUGUAAAAAACGGGACUGUGGAUCAUCACAGGAACCAGCACUGGUGGUCACCCAAGUCUGCUUCUGGGUGGGGUAGAUCUGAGCCUGCAGCUCAGGUCUCAACCACUCCACUGCAGGAGUCAGUGUUGUCCCUACAGAAGGGUGCCUCCCUUCCUCCUCUGUCCUCAGUCAGCCCAGGGAUGAUCAUCUCUGAGAAUUUUGGCUGCAGUCUGCCAGCUGGCCCCUUUUACUGGAUACUCAGGUCCAGGCCACGUUUACUUUUUGCAGCACUGGGAACUGAACCCAGAGCCUCAUGGAUACUAGGCAAAAGCUUGACCAUUAAGCUGCAGCCUCAGAACUUUUAAUAUUUUGUUCUGAGGCAGGGUCUCACUAAGAUGUACAGACUGGGCUUGAACUUGCAGUCCUUCUACCUCAGCCUCCGGAACAGCUGGGAUUACAGAUACAUACCACCACAUCUUAAAAUCUCACCAGCCAGCCCCUCACCCUUCCUGUGGGUUUAGACUGUAGAAAUGUUUGGAGAAUUAGUGUCAUACCUAGUUUCAGGUUAAAAACAAUUUUAAAAGCUGUACAACAGACCAAAUUAAGUACUAGUUAAAAAGAGAGCCUUCCCUUGCCUGGUCACAGCCCUCCUUUGGAAGAGAAAUGAAACGCCAGGAUCCCCGUGGCCAUACACUUGCCUUGGUGGCAUGAUGGACUGGAACUGCACCUUCUCAUUGUACUGAUGGCUCCCAAAUACAACUACGUGCUGCCUGCCUGGCUGUGCAUUCUGAUUUAGAAUUAGCAGGCAGGGGGCUGCAGUGCCUAAGGGACAGACACUCACCUCCUCCUCAGAGGCCGCCUGCUGGGCCUGGACAUGAACAAGUGGAGCAGAUAGCUGAGUAGCAGCGGUGCCCUGCCUGGGUUCUGCCGGUUACAGUUGGUAGACAGAAUGGAUCCUUUUCUCUUCAGGUUGGCCCAGUCUUAAAGGAUGGUGUGAGCCUAUGCAGUGAUUGCUUCACAGGGCUCAUCUCUGGUCCAUGCCGUUUGAAUUGAAGGGGAUGUUGGUUUGGUUUUUGUUUCUUGGUUUUUUGUUUGUUUGUUUGUUUGUUUUAUUUUGUGGCAAAGCCAAGGAGUUUGUUUAAGCACUGCUAUAUCUCUGGGUGGCAUCCUCACUCCUUAUUUUUUUCAAUGUUUUGUUUUUGAGAUGGUCUCUCCAACGCUCAUACUAGCCUUUAAUUUGCUACCCUCCUGCCUCAGCCUCCUGAGUAGCUGGGAUCACAGGCAGGCCCUAUCUUACCCAGCUAGGUGGCUGGUUUUUCUUAUGAUGUUUCUUAUGAUGUUCAACAUUACAUAAAUACUAUAUGUUUUAAUGAUGGUACAAUUA